GCUCCCGCGGGCACCUUGGGCGGCGGCAGCCAUGGCGUUCCUGCCCGACGAGUCGCGGGCGCUGCCGCCGCCGCCGCUCCUCAACAAGGGCUCGGUGUGGCUCGGGUUCGUGGGGUGGAUGUCGGCGCUGAUGGACAACGCCUUUAACCAGCGCCCCAUCUUCCGAGCCGGUAUUCACCGGCAGGUCCUGUUAGCCAGCCUGGGAUACUUUGUUGGCUACCAGCUGGUGAAACGCGCAGAGUACGUGCAUGCCAAGGCAGACAGAGAGCUCUUCGAGUACAUCAGGCACCACCCGCUGGACUUCCAGUCACCAACAGAAAAGAAAAGAAUAGGGCAGCUCUUGGAGGAUUUCUACCCAAUUCGCUGAGUGGUGACACAACACAGAAAGAAUUCCUGCCAUCCUGAGAACUUCAGCAAGGUGGCUGCAACUCUUGAACCGUCCAUGGCUAAAAAGAUGAAACUUUACUCACUUUCAUGUAAUAAAAGCUUCAUUAAAUAGUUAUUGUUUAA